AUGAAGUUCAUCGCCACCGUCGCCGUUGCUUUGGCGUCUCUUGCCCUGGCUGCACCCAACCCCGAAGGACAGACAACUUCAAUCAAGCUCAGCAAGGACUAUGUCGACGCUAUCGUAGCUGCGUAUCCCGAUGUCCAUAAGCGCGACUCUGCGACAAGCACACUAUCUUAUCUGGUUACAAUCUCUAGCUUUUCGAAACGACGAUUGCGCAAACCGGUGCUUACGCGGUUCCCUCGUACCAUUUCAAAGACCAGUCAGGCCAGCAUUCGUUUCAAACUUUUGGUGGAGAUGAUUGACUGCGACGGCAUUGUUCCGCUCUACCGGCCGACACACCCUGCCCCUCCUCGGCGCCGACCGAUCGGAGUCCGGCAGCAUACGCCAAGGCUCGGGCGGGAAGACCCGCGCCGGGAAACUGCUCCGGGAAAGCGGGGCGACCUCCGUCUGCCGCAGAUGAACGCCGAGGAGAACGGGCAGGAGACGAUGCUCCGCCCUCCUCUUUCCCCCUCCUCGACUGUGCAGCUACCCGCCCUCGCAGGUUCUCCCUUCCUGAGCUGCCGUUUUCGAACUAAGCAACCAACUCUCAUUCAAUCUUCAAACGUCAAGCCCAAGUACCCACGUCUUGAGCGAAUCGAGCAGGUGUGUCUGCCCAGAGCAUCACUGCAAUCUCGCUUAUCGACCACCAUGGCUACCAAGCCGGACACAAAUGCCGGAGAUCCCAUCAGCACCAAGAACCAAGUGCUCAGCGCUGGCGCUUCAGUAGAUUUUGCACCAUUAAGCAAUGUCUGCGCUCAUCUCAACGCCUUCCACGCAUAUGCCUCUGACCCUACACGUGUGGUGGAGGCAAACCAUUACUGCGGGCACUUGAACGAAGACGUCCGUCAAUGCAUACUCUACGAUAGCCCCGCGAAGAAUGCACGCAUCAUAGGCAUCGAGUACAUGAUCACACCGAAGCUCUACGAAACCUUGGACUCGGAGGAGCGAAAGCUCUGGCACAGUCAUGUGUAUGAGGUCAAGUCAGGCAUGCUCAUCAUGCCACAGGGAAAGCUGCCGGACUUGGCUUGGCAAGCGGCAGAGAAUAAGGAGAUGGAGCAAGUCGUCCAGCUCUAUGGAAAAGUGUUCCACCUCUGGCAGGUCGACAAAGGCCACCAGCUGCCCUUGGGCGAACCGCAACUCAUGACAAGCUUCACCCAGACCGGCCAAUUGGACUUUGCCAAGUACGUUGGCGACCGAGACAAAAGGUUCAACUCAGAUUAUAAGCAAAAAGAGGAGGCUCGGAAGCAUAUUGCGAGCCCGUCGGUUCAUCCCGACGCUGACCAAGCCUGGAAGGAGAAGGACAAGAACAAGGGAGUCUCGUAA